CGGGAGGGAGCGAGCAUGGCGCAGGCGCGGGCGCUGGUGGUGGGCGCGGGGCUGAGCGGCAGUCUGUGCGCCGCGCUGCUGCGGGGGGCGCUGCCGGCGGGCGCGCUGCGCGUGGAGCUGUGGGACAAGGCGCGGGGCGCGGGGGGAAGGGCGGCCACCAGCCGGAGCCCCGCGGACCCGCGCUGCACGGCGGACCUGGGCGCGCAGUACAUCACGCUCAGCCCCGGCUGCGCCCAGCGGCACCGGAGCUUUUAUGAUGACCUUCUGGCCCAUGGUAUUUUGAAACCAUUGACUGCACCAAUUAAAGGAAUGGUGAUGAAGGAGGGAUCUCUCAAUUUUAUGACACCUCAGGGUACUUCGUCAAUUGCGAAGCAUUAUUUGAGAGAGUCAGGUGCAGAUGUAUUCUAUGAGCACCAUGUAACACAGAUCUACCUCAGAGAUGGGAAAUGGGAGGUCCAUGAGGAAGCGGGAUCUUCAGAACUAUUUGACAUAGUUAUUCUCACAAUGCCUGUCCCACAAAUUCUUCAACUUCAAGGCGACAUUGUGAACACAGUAAUUAAUGGAAGUCAAAGGCAGCAACUGGAAUCUGUGAGCUACUCAUCUCGCUACGCUCUGGGACUCUUUUAUGAAGCUGGUACACAGAUUGAUGUCCCCUGGGCUGCACAAUACAUCACCAAUAAUCCCUGCAUACGCUUCAUAUCCAUCGAUAAUAAGAAGCGCAAUAUAGAAUCUUCUGAAGUUGGGCCAUCUGUUGUUGUUCAUACCAGUGUGCCAUUUGGAAUCGAAUACCUUGAGUGGAACCGUGAGAAAGUGCAGCAGUUAAUCCUGGAGCAACUGGAAAUUGUAAUGCCAGAUUUGCCUAAACCAGUUAACAUCAAGUGCCAAAAAUGGAGAUACUCCCAGGUUACAACACCUGUCCCCAGUUGUCCAGGACAAAUGACUCUUCAUAUCAAUCCUUCCCUUAUAUGUGGGGGUGAUGCAUUUACGCAUUCUAACUUUGAUGGCUGUAUAGAGUCUGCCAUGUGCAUUGUAGAGGCUAUAAAAUGUAAUUUAUAAUGUUUUUAUGAUAGAUUUUUUUGCAUAUAAUUUUAAGUUUGUGCUGAAUCCUAUCAUGAUGCAUUAAAUGUUGGUAUGCUGUUGGCAAAAUUUGACUCUACUUUACAGAAAUAAACAAAUUUGAAGACA